ACACUGCAUCCCAUAUUAUUCUGUUGAGUUUUGUUGUUAAGCGGGAAUCAUACAACGAAUACUAUUCAGUUUUUUUAUUUUGUUUUUAAGUUUAUUUCGUUUGAAAUUUCGUGCAGAGUUUUUAGUUGAAUCUAACCCAAAUAAAUUAUUUAAAAAAAACGAUUUUGAAGAAGAAAAAUACGUGAAAAAGUAUGUCAACUCCAAAUGAAAAUGGUACACCAUCGAAACGGGUUCGUGUUGAGAGCACUGGCUCUGGAUCAAGAACACCCGGCCGUGAUCCGAUAACACCAUCACGCCGAACACGAUCUGGCUCCCAACAAACACCAUCGCAACAACUUUUGCGAACACCAAACCGAAACCAAAUUCCACAACAAGAUGUUGAAACGCCAAUGCGUAUUGGUGGCAAUGUUCGUGGAAGUGUUGAUGGCGGUGUAAGUGUUCGUGUUGCUAACUCGGAUAUUCCAUCGUCGCCAAUUGUACCAUCGACCAGUCCGGGUAAUACAAGCGUUCGUAUGCAAGACAUUGAUUUGAGUUCACCGCUUAAUUAUGGCACACCAAGUUCAAUGGGUUCAAUUCGUACGCCCAGAUCGGGUAUUCGUGGUACACCAAUACGUACACGGCCCGAUAUUCGUACCGAUCGACAUCUUCGACAAGUUAACAUCGGUUCGGACAAUCUCGAGCCAAUUGCCGAAGGUCGUUCGGAUUCGGCACCGAUUAGCGAAACAACGCCGCAGCUUGUCAUUUGGGGUACAAAUGUUGUGGUCAGCGAAUGUAAGAAAAAGUUCACACAAUUUUUAUUGCGUUACAUCAAUUUGGAUGUGGCUCAAGACGAAAUGUCCGAAAAUAUAAAUUUGAGUGAGCCACUCUAUAUGCAAAAAUUGGAAGAAAUUCAUUCAUUGGAAGAGCCAUAUUUGAAUAUAAAUUGUAAGCAUUUACAAACAUUCGACGAAAUGCUGUAUCGCCAAUUGAUUUGCUAUCCACAAGAAGUGAUACCAACAUUUGAUAUGGCCGUAAAUGAAAUGUUCUUUGAACGUUAUCCGGCCGCUAUUUUAGAGCAUCAAAUUCAAGUGCGACCAUUCAAUGCUGAUAGAACACGUAAUAUGCGCGCAUUGAAUCCUGAUGACAUUGAUCAAUUGAUUACGAUUAGCGGUAUGGUGAUUCGAUCAUCAAAUAUUAUUCCAGAAAUGCGUGAAGCAUUCUUCAAGUGUAUCGUUUGUUCAUUUACAACAAGCGUUGAAAUUGAUCGUGGCCGUAUUCACGAGCCAACCAUUUGCUCAAAUUGUAAUACAAACCAUUGUUUCCAAAUGAUUCACAAUCGUUCACAAUUCACCGAUAAACAAUUGGUUAAAUUGCAAGAAUCGCCCGAUGAUAUGGCCGCCGGUCAGACACCGCACAACGUUUUAUUAUUUGCACACAAUGAUUUAUGCGAUAAAGUUCAGGCUGGUGAUCGUAUCACCGUUACUGGCAUUUAUCGUGCCAUACCAAUACAGGAAAAUCCACGUGCCCGCAAUGUUAAAUCCGUUUAUCGUACGCACAUCGAUGUCGUGCACUAUCGCAAGAUUGACAUGAAACGAUUGUACGAAGAGGAAGAAGGCAAAAGUCACAUCUUUCCACCGGAACGCGUUGAAUUGCUACGCAAUUUGUCACAAAAGCCCGAUGUGUAUGACCGUUUGGCUCGUGCCAUUGCACCGUCCAUCUAUGAAAAUACCGAUAUCAAAAAAGGAAUUCUACUGCAAUUAUUUGGUGGAACAAAAAAGACCCAUGUGUCACUUGGACGUCAAAACUUUCGAUCGGAAUUGCAUCUAUUGCUUUGCGGUGAUCCCGGAACAUCAAAAUCACAAUUGCUUCAAUACGUCUACAAUUUGGUGCCACGUUCACAAUACACAUCUGGACGUGGUUCGUCUGCUGUAGGUCUAACCGCUUAUGUUACAAAAGAUCCAGAGACGCGACAACUUGUUUUGCAAACUGGUGCAUUGGUAUUGGCCGACAAUGGUAUUUGCUGUAUCGAUGAAUUCGAUAAAAUGAAUGAUUCAACACGUAGUGUAUUGCACGAAGUGAUGGAACAACAAACAUUGAGCAUUGCAAAAGCUGGUAUUAUUUGUCAAUUGAAUGCGCGUACAUCAAUUUUAGCUGCUGCCAAUCCAUCGGAAUCACAAUGGAAUAAAAAUAAAAAUAUUAUUGACAAUGUUCAGUUGCCACAUACGCUACUGUCGCGUUUCGAUUUAAUUUUCUUGAUUUUGGAUCCACAAGACGAGGUGUUCGAUCGACGUUUGGCAUCGCAUUUAGUUUCAUUGUAUUAUGCCACACCACAAGAUGAAGAAGAUACAUUAUUUGACAUGAGUGUGUUGCGAGACUAUUUGGCAUAUGCAAAAGACCAUAUUCAUCCAACAUUGUCCGAUGAUGCACAACAGCGUUUGAUUCAGGCAUACGUUGAUAUGAGAAAAGUGGGUGCUGGACGUGGUCAGAUUUCUGCUUAUCCACGUCAAUUGGAGAGUUUAAUUCGUUUGGCCGAAGCACAUGCCAAAGUUCGUCUCAGCAAUGUCGUCCAAAUUGAAGACGUUGAAGAAGCAUGGAGAUUGCAUCGUGAAGCCUUAAAACAAUCGGCAACGGAUCCGUUGUCGGGUAAAAUCGAUGUUGGUAUUCUAACGACCGGUUUGUCGACGACAGCGCGUAAAAAGCGAGCUGAUUUGGUGGCAAACAUUAAGGAUGUGCUAAAGAAGAAAGGCAAAGUGCCAACGGUUUCGUGGAACAAACUUUUCGCCGAAUUGCGAGAAAAUUCACAGAUUCUAAUUCAACGUGAUGAAUUCGAAGAUGCACUUAAAGAAAUCCAAGAUGAAGGGAUGAUUGUUGUAAUGGGCAAAAAUACCAUUCGAAUAUGCUAGACCAAACCGAAUGGCCGAUAAAAAUCCACAAAUAAACUGAAAAUAAAUUCACCAUAAGAACACAUCUCAUUUUCCAUUGCAACAAACUCAAUUUUUGUUUUUCAUUCAUAAGCUAAAUAUUAAAACAUCGUUAGGAAAGUUUUGUGUUUAGAAGCACGUUAGUUUUAGUAUUUUAUAUGUUAAGUUUCUCGCAUUUGCAAAUUUGUGAACCAAUUUCAUUCUGCUUGUUCAUUAUGAUUUUUUUUAUUAUGCGAUUAUCAUCAGCCAAGACGUACAACUUUGAUUAUUAUACUUGCUGAACAACUUUUUUUUCUAUUCUACUUUUAAAUCAAUAAAAUGAGUUUUUUUUUUGACAAUAUGAAA